GUGGGCCUAGGUACUGGGCCUGUGCGCUCCGGGUGAGCGAGUCCAAAGGGAGUUCAUACACAAACACACGCACACAGCCGGCGAUUACUCAUGCUACCUUGCGAUUUCUUUAUUGUUGCCCAGGGAAUUAUUUACUUUUUUGAGAGAGUGGAAUUUGUGGGGAAAUAAUGUCGUAUUCACCGAGUGCUUAUCUAGCUCUUAUGAACCCUGAACUGGGCCGUGUGCUGUGGGUCUUAGAAUGCUGCCGUGUUUGCUUUGCCUCCCCAGGAAAGACACCGUGUAAUGAUUCACCAACAUGCUGUGCAGGCCCAGCCACCAGCGCCAGCGCGGAGGAUAAAGGGAAGCCAGCUGGGCUGUGGUUGGCAGAGCAGACUUCUUGAAAGAGGAAGAGCUCAAGCAGACAGUGGGUGUGGAAAAGGGGACCAUCCUGGGCACCGGCUGCUGGCCAGAGGCACCCCGGGCCAUGUCAGAACUUUGAGCAGGUGACAGAGAGCAGUUGUCACAGCCUCAAGAUGCUGAGCCUGAAGCUCCCCCGGCUGUUUCGCAUCGACCAGGUGCCCCAGGUGUUCCAUGAGCAGGGCAUCCUCUUUGGCUACCGGCAUCCGCAGAGUUCCGCCACGGCCUGCGUCCUCAGCCUUUUCCAAAUGACCAAUGAGACCCUCAACAUCUGGACUCACUUGCUGCCCUUCUGGUUCUUCACGUGGAGGUUUGUGACCGCCUUGUACGUGACAGACAUCUGGAAUGACAGCUACUCCUGGCCUCUGUUUGUGUACAUGGGCACCAGCUGCGUGUACCCGCUUGCGUCCAGCUGUGCGCAUACCUUCAACUCCAUGUCCAAGAACGCCCGGCACAUCUGCUACUUCCUGGACUACGGUGCCGUCAACCUCUUCAGCCUGGGCUCAGCCAUCGCUUACUCUGCCUAUUCGAUCCCCAACGUGAUGGUGAACACCACCUUCCAUGACUACUACGUGCCCCUGGCCGUGCUGAACACCAUCAUCAGCACCGGCCUCUCCUGCUACUCCAGACUCGGCUUUGCAGCUGGAGAGGCUGGUUCGUUUGCCCCCGGGAAAGCACUUUGUCAGGCCGGGCGAAAUGUUGUCUCAAGUCACGGGAAGUCCAUGGUUUGGGGGAUGGCCCUCGCCGGCCACAGCCAGCUUUCCUCCUGUGGUUGGCGGUUUACUCCCAAGGCUGGGGUUCCUGUUUGCGGGGGGGACCGUCCAGCCUGCUAUCUGUGUGUGCUGCCAGAGUCCCCACACCCUGGGCUGCUGGCCCCGAGCCAGCAGAGGCCCCAUCGCGUUCUGUCCAGGAGGACCUACCUGUCUUUGCCACGGUUUCUUGAAAUCCAGAAGCCCGGGCUCUGCAAGAUGCUUCGCGUCCUUGCCUUUGCUUAUCCCUACACCUGGGACUCCCUUCCCAUCUUCUACAGGCUGUUCCUGCUUUCGGGGGAUGGUGCGCAGAAUGAAGCCGCCUUGUACCACCAGAAGCACACGGCCAUGACCCUCCUGGCCUCUUUCUUCUACUCCGCACACCUGCCAGAGCGCCUGGCGCCUGGACGCUUCGACUACAUCGGUCACAGUCACCAGCUGUUCCACGUGUGUGUGAUCCUGGCCACACACCUGCAGAUGGAAGCCAUUGUUCUGGAUAAGACUCUGAGGAGGGAAUGGCUCCUGGCCAACUCGAGGCCCCUGUCUUUCCCUCAGAUAGCUGGAGCUGUACUUCUGUGCCUCAUCUUCAGCCUCAGCAACAUAAUUUAUUUCUCAGCUGCUCUGUAUCGGAUUCCUGAGCCAGAAUUACAUAAAAAAGAAACAUGAUUCAGACCAUAA